UAUGGUUAAUUUCUGAACCUAAAUAAUUGAAAGCAGGUGAUAACUUUUAAGAUCAGAAGUACAGGUUUUGCAUUUCCCCUAUGUCCAUGCUUUGGAAAUGACUUAUAAUGAAGAGGGCUUGCAGUAGAAGCAAUUCAGUGGUGUUUCCGGUUGCUCAUUUAUGGAGUUUCUGAAGGGCAGCAGGGACUAUUGCCAGGCACAGCACGGCGUCCUUGCAGACAAGUGAACUGCAGGCCCCUCCUCUUUCAACUACUCCACUAGGAAACCACCUUAAACGGAAAAGUGCCAACGACAAACUGGGAUUCAUCUGGAUACUGGAUUUCAAAAUUGGAUAAUUCUGUGAGAAGCAAAGUACGUUUGUUCUUUCGAUGACCUUCACGCCUGGAUGGGGUAAACCUGCUCGAUGUUUUAUGUGCCAUUGGCUGCUUUAAGGAGCACCGUUGCACGGAGUGACCAGCUGAAGAGUGGCAGUCACAACUGGACUUUACAUCACGUGCACUUAAUUCACUCGUUUGAGUCGAGGGUGUAAAAGCACAAGUGCCAGCAGUGAAAAGUAACACAUUGUGUUAUUUCAAAGCCUCAUUUUUCCCUUUCAUUUUUUUAAAAAAAAUUCUUUUUGACUUUGUGGCCAGAAUGAACCGUCCGGCCCCAGUAGAAAUCACCUUUAAUGGUAUGAGAUUUCUCAUCACACACAACCCAACCAAUUCUACCCUCAACAAGUUCACAGAGGAGCUCAAAAAGUAUGGUGUUACCACAUUGGUUCGAGUUUGUGAGGCAACCUACGACAAGUCUCCGAUUGAAAAGGAUGGCAUCCAAGUCUUGGAUUGGCCCUUUGAUGAUGGUGCCCCACCCCCUACUCAGAUUGUGGAUGACUGGUUCAGUCUGUUAAAAUCAAGAUUCCGUGAAGAGCCAGGAUGUUGCAUUGCUGUGCACUGUGUAGCAGGAUUGGGACGAGCUCCAGUUCUCGUUGCACUAGCUUUGAUUGAGUGUGGAAUGCUGUAUGAAGACGCAGUUCAGUUUAUACGACAGAAAAGACGUGGAGCUUUUAAUUCAAAGCAACUACUUUACCUCGAGAAAUAUCGGCCAAAAAUGCGUUUGCGCUUCAAAGACGAAACCCCCAGCUGCUGCAUCCAGUAGAGAUUGCCUCCGGAUUGUCAACACCCUGGUGAAGUGAACACAGAAAUCGAGCGAUAUCCACGACGUGGUGAAGUCGGGACUGUUCAAUCUUGGAAGCGAAUUUUUAACAAAAUCUUGUGUCUUUGUGGUGAAGGAAUUGUGUAUUUUUCAUAUUACGAUCGAUCUUAUCAGGGAGGUGUUGCAUCUUAAACGGUCUGUAAUGAAUUCAUUGCCUCUGUGUAAAAGAGGCUGAGAUUAUGUCUGUGCAAAACUCCGCUGUCAUCUUUUGUAAAACUCAUUAGCGUUGCACAAAGACUUCCUGAGGAUAUGGUUCGAUGCAAUAGUUUAUCCCUCUGGUAACAGCAGGCAGGAGAAAUAAAAGAUGAAAUCUGGCACUGUAA